GUUUCAUCCUCACCCAGCAAAUUUUAACAUCAGGGUCAUCAUUCUGAUUGAACUCAGUUAUUUUAUUGACACAAGAGCACCAUGUUUCUUCUCCUGAAACAAUAAGAAGUUUCAUCCAGAGAAAUGCAUUUUGAAACUUCCUGCAAUCACAAGCAAUGCCAGUUUCGCCGGUUUCUUUUACAAGGAAACGAUGUCCAAGUUACACCUUCUAUCACACACAGCUCAGAUCAAACUGAUCAGAUGCUGGAUGGCAGCAGACGAAUGCAGGAUGAUGAAGAUGUCAGGAAGAGUCACAAGUUGCUGUGUAGUUCUGUUCCUUGUCCUGACCUGUGUGUCAGCUGUACAAAGGCUCAAUUCAAUCAGCGAUUUGAAGAAAAUCAACUUUGGCCAAACUGUACCCAAGCACAGUCUUUUGCUGCUCCACUGGUUUGCCAACGCAGUUGACAUCGACUAUAACAGUGUCAUCAGGCUGACAUUUGACCCAGACGGUGGAGAUUAUGGUUCACAUCAUUACGGCAACUAUGAGGAGCUGUUGAACCCUUUGCCUCGAGGCUACCGGUACUUCACUGUUGGCAAUCUCUAUCAAGGCACUGAUGAACUUCCAGAUUAUGUUGUCAACUCCCCACGGGAGUAUGUUGGAAGAAACAGAGACAGGAUCAUCAUAAGAGUCCGGGAGCAGAGGAUAGACCAAGUGUAUAUCACACAGCAUUAUGACACUUCUGAAGGUCAAGGGACAGCUUAUGAUCCAGGUCAUACCUACCAGAUCACUACGAACCUCUUAAGACAGCUCAGAGAGUUUUCUGUGAGGGACAACCAAAUGCCACUGUCGCAUCUCAGGAACCGCUUUGAAAGUGACGCUGAUGUAAACCACAUCAAAAACACAUGGGGUAAGCUUGCUUGCCUUGGACUGCUGUUGUUUAUUGUGAUCGAAGAAAAGUACUGCUCCAAUCAACGUAAUAACAGACUGCGGAAUAACAACACAGCGGCAUACAGCAACAGACAAGUAAACAGCAACAGAUCAGUAAACAGCAACAGACCAGUGAACAGCAACAGACCAGUAAACAACAAUAUAUUAAUCAACAUCGAUCCAGAUACCAACAACACUCUGGAAUCCAUGAACAGUCAAGGAAACAGACAAGGUUGCCGAUGCAGUUGUGCUAUGGUAACCUGUGUUUUGUUCAUACUUGUUGUGUUAAUUUUAUGUUUGUGCAUUUAUUUUCUACGUAGAUAGAUAAGAACCUGAACCUUAACUGAAAAAGGAAUAACUGUGUUUGGAAAAGCUGCACUGGCACUGAAAAAAGAUCAAAGCUUCCAUUACAGAUUGAAUACUUGUAAUACAUGCACCCUGCACUUCCAAUUGUAUAAUUUCAUUUUAUUGAGAUACUUCUUUCAUUUUGCCGUUUCUCAAUGACAAAAAAUUGUUUUUUUAUUCAGGUCACCUUUUUUUUCCUCUGUUAGU